AUGUUUUGCAAGAAUGUCAAAGAAGGUUAUGUGUUUGCUGGUGAUACAGCUCAAACAAUUGCCCAAGGUGUAGAUUUUAGUUUUGAUGAGAUCAGAAGCUUUUUCUAUGUCAAUUUUCUCCAAGGCCCGUGUGUGAAAACUAGUAAACAGGAUCAAGGAAACAUCUGCCCAAUUUUUGUGCUGAAUCAAAACUUUCGAUCCCAUGCUGGGAUUUUAAAGUUAGCUCACAGUGUCAUCAAACUUAUCUACCAUUUCUUUCCAUACUCAAUUGAUAAGGUUAAUCCAGAGUUCAGUCUUAUUGAUGGAGAUGCUCCCAUACUGCUGGAGUCUGCAUCUGGUGAUGAAGAUGUUGUCAUGAAAAUCUUUCAGGACAAUAAAAAUGAUGGCAGGAAUACUGUCAUUUUUGGAGCUGAACAAGUUAUUAUUGUACGAGAUGAAAGUGUGAGAAAUGAAAUGCCAAGCCAUGUAAAAGGACAUGCACUUGUGCUCACGGUAUUUGAGUGCAAAGGCUUGGAGUUUAAGGACGUUCUCUUGUACAACUUCUUUUCAUCAUCACCUAUUAGAGAACAUUGGAGUGUAAUAUAUAAAUAUAUGCAAGAGAAGAACCUUGGCUCAUCAUUUCCACAUUUUCCAAAGUUCAAUCAUGCAAAACAUAGUGGUUUGUGCCAUGAAUUGAAGCAACUAUAUGUGGCCGUCACCCGAGCAAAGGAAAGAUUAUGGAUCUGUGAGAGCCAUGGUAGUCAUGCAGAACCUAUGGCUAAUUACUGGAAAAAAUUGAAUCUGGUCCGAAUUAGACAGUUUGACAAUUCAUUAGCUCAGGAAAUAAUAUUUCCCAGCUCUAAGGAGGAAUGGAAAUCGCAAGGUUUCAAGUUUCUCGAAGUAAGUAACUAUGAGACAGCGGCAGUCUGCUUUGGGCGAGCUGGAGAUACUUACUGGGAAAAAUACGCCCGUGCUACUGGCCUUAAAACAACCGCUGCUCAUAUGCGUGGCUUGAGUUCUGAAGCAGUCAAAAUGCUUACAGAAGCUGCUGAAAUCUUUCAAAGCCUAGAUAACAACAAAGAGGCCGCUAAGUGCUUCUAUGAUGCAGGCAAUUAUGAAAGAGCAGGUGAUAUAUAUCUGCAGCACUUUCAAAGUUCUGAGCUUGAAAAGGCUUGUCAUUGCUAUACCUUGGCCGGUUUUCAUGCACGUGCUGCGGAGAUCUAUGCUGAAAAUUACCUCUACAGAGAAUGUUUGCAUGCAUGUAAUACAGGAAAAUUGUUUAACUUAGGAUUGCAGUACGUACAAAGCUGGAAACAGCUGGCUCUUGAGGAGGGAAGCAUAGACUUGAUAACAUUUGAGCAAGAAUUCCUGAAGAGUUGUGCUCAUGCUUCCUAUAAGAAAAAAGACAAGAAAAAAAUGAUGAAGUAUGUUAAGAAAUUUAGCUCUCUUGAUUCAAUGAGGACCUUCUUAUGGAAUCAAGGGUGUUAUGAGGAGGGAAUUGACAUAGAGAUAGAAAAUGGGCGAUAUUCAAGAGGGCUCUAUAUUUGGUACGUGUUUGGUAAAUGUUGUUGGGCAUCUGGUGGAAAAAAUUGGCUCGAAAGAGAUCUUUUGUUGAAAGAGGAAUUGUUGUCCAGAGCUGAAGCUUCUGCUCUCAAUGCUUCAGCUGAUUUUCACAAACAAAUUCAUACAGAAGUUCUGCUUUUGUCAACUCAAAGUACUGGGUUGUCUGAACUGGAGAAGCAGUUAGAAGUCUCCCAAAAAAGCGGGAAUUUGAAAUGGGAGGUCAUAUGUACUAGAAAAAUUCUUGAAAUCCUUCUUCAGACUCAGACUUCACCAUUUAAAUGGGAAUCUGACUCGCGAGAAAUGAUCUCAGGUGGCCAGAAGUUUUCUGCUGAUUCGAUGCCUAUGAUUUGCAAAAGUAGGAUUGUUGAUCAUAUUUUUGAAUGUACCCUUUUUUUGAUGGAGUCGGAUUAUUUAAGGCAAUGGGGUCAAGUGUCAACUGCUCGAAUGUAUUAUGCGACAAAAUGGUAUGCUGCUGCUGUGUUUACCACUGAAUGGGGAAGAAAGAGAAUUAUGGAUUUGGAAUCCGGAAAGAUUGAAAAAAUUGUAAGAGAUCAAAUGCUUUCUUCAAGAAAAGUUAGAAGAAGAGAAGAAGUUGAUGAUGAUGGGCAUAACACUAGAAAUCUGGUUGAAGUGGCAGUUUUGAUGAAUAUUGUGCAACGUUUGCACAAAGAAUGGCAGUGCUACAGCCAAAAGAUUUCUGUGUGUAUAGUAUCUCAAGGUGUAGCACAAGUUAAGGAUAUUGAGAGAAGAAUUGGGAAAAGAUAUGAAAAGCUUUUAAACUUUGAGUUGAAGGUGAAAUUAGUUGAAGGAUUUCAGGAAGGUGGCGAAGCAGAUAUUGUUAUAGUAUCUACUGUAAGAUCCAAUUCUGCUGGAUCUUCUGAGUUCCGCUUAGAUCAUGGAAUGGCUGAUGUUGCUUCGAGUAGGGCCAG